AUGACAUCAAGUGAAGAUAUCGAUAAGCAUGUAUUAAGAAAGUAUGAAGUUUCACAAAAGUUGGGUAAAGGUGCAUAUGGUAUUGUUUGGAAAGCAAUCGAUAAAAAGACGAAAGAAACAGUUGCAUUGAAAAAGAUCUUUGAUGCUUUUCAAAAUGCAACCGAUGCACAGAGAACUUUCAGAGAGAUUAUGUUCCUCCAAGAGCUACACGGACAUGAAAAUAUUAUAAAAUUACUCAAUGUUUUAAAAGCUGAUAAUGAUAGAGAUAUAUACUUGAUUUUUGAAUAUAUGGAGACUGAUUUACAUGCAGUGAUCAGAGCAAGUAUUCUAGAAGAUAUUCACAAACAAUAUACAAUCUAUCAAAUCUUAAAGGCAAUGAAGUUUAUGCACUCUGGAAAUGUAUUGCAUCGUGAUAUUAAGCCAAGUAAUUUGCUACUGAAUUCAGAGUGUUUGGUAAAGGUUGCCGACUUUGGAUUGGCUCGUUCCAUUGCCUCGCUUGAGAAUGUUACAGAAGCCAAUCCAGUGCUGACAGAGUAUGUCGCCACACGUUGGUAUCGUGCACCAGAGAUCUUGCUCGGUUCCACAAAGUACACAAAGGGUGUCGACAUGUGGUCGAUCGGCUGCAUCUUGGGUGAGUUGCUCGGCAGCAAAGCCAUGUUCCCCGGUAACUCCACCAUGAACCAACUCGAUCUGAUCAUCGAGGUAACCGGACGUCCAACCGCCGAAGACAUAGAAGCAGUGCGUUCGCCAUUCGCCGCGACAAUGCUCGAGUCACUGCCUCCAUCGAAUCCACGCUCCUUCCAAGAGAUGUAUCCACACGCAUCGCCAGACGCACUCGACCUCCUGCGACGACUCCUCCAAUUCAACCCAGACAAGCGUAUCACCGCCGAAGAGGCAUUGGAACAUCCGUUUGUCGCGCAGUUCCACAACACCGCCGACGAACCAUCGGUCGAGCGUAUCAUCAAGAUCCCAAUCGACGACUCACAGAAAUUCCCAAUCUCAGAGUAUCGUAACAAACUGUACAACGACAUCAUCAAGAAGAAGAAAGAAACAAGACGUCGUCACCACUCACAGAAACCAAUAGAUACAGAUCAAACUAUGACUCCUGCACCCGGAGCAGAUCAAUUUACAGCACAACCAGUAUAA